AUGGUCACUACCGCACGUCCAUCGUGGAUCAGCGAUGUUGUAUGCCGCUUGUGGGAAGAUCGAGGAUCGGUGUUUGAUCUGUCAUCACAGUUGCGAGAGGAGCUAAGCUCGAUAAAACCGAAAUCCGAUGAACUCAGGCUCUUAGCGCAAGAGUUUUUCCAAGCUGCUACAAUGACUUCAUAUCCAGACCAUAGGAUGCUGGAAUGUGUCAAAAUGCUGAGCCAUUCAGAGCUUAUCUCCUGGAUAGACCUUCUCAGAACCAUCACGGGGUUCACGCAGUUCCAAAGGUCUCGUUGUGUUGUGGCCUUAUGCGGCAUGUUGGAGUCAGAGCUUCCACAUUUGCAGUGCUCAUUCUCCCAUAUCAGCGAGUGCCUUGCAUUGACUGAAGCAAUUAUUGACGUAUUUGUAUGGAUUGUUGAGGCAAUACAGGCAUAUCGUGAUUUGGACGAUUUUGAAGUGAUCGAUGUGGAGGGCGUGUUAUUUCAAACAUUUUCUUCUUUUCUCAAUGACCCAUUUGUCUUCCGACUUAUGUGCCUUGCUACAAAAAAAUAUGCUGCUGUAAUCAAGUCGUCGAUUGUAAACAAACUAUAUGACCUCCGUUAUCAAGACGGUACCAGUGUAAUAUUGAAUUACGAAGAAUUGCAGAAUUCAUUUCUAAGGAUUUUCGACCCACCCAAACUUGAGAGCUCUGAGCUUAGUGUGAAAUACAAUUUCCGUCGAUCUGGUAUUCGCUCUUUAACUGCAGUAUUUUCGUGCUUCCGCGUUCUGGCCGCAGUGGAAGAGGUAGCCGAUACUAUGCUCCUUUUUGGACAGAUUAACGCCAUAAGUCAUCAUGAAAUUGUAUCAGAUAUGUUACAUGCGUCUUUUAUGAUAUUGUUGGAAGAACAAGAAACUCGUGACAGUUGCAAGUCAUCAAUAGAAAUGUUUUUCUAUGUGAAAAUGCCUCGUGUCUGGGCCGCAAUGAUAAGGCUGGGUAUGAAGCCGGAAAGCGUCGUCAGGGGUGUGCAACACAUGCUCACAGAAUGUAGACAGGUCAUUGAUAAUGUGGAUUCCAUUGUUAAGGACAACACAAUUCGAGCAAUAGUGCGGCAGCUUAUAUCAGAAAGGGUAAUGUCUGAUGCAGAUGGAGAGCUUCUAAUUGCACAAAGAAACGAACAACUGAAAAUGAUACAAGGGCUCGCAUGUUUGACAAGGGACGAUGUUCAACGGCAAACCCAAGUAGCUGUCGUUCUGAGUGCUGUGCAGGCAAGGCAUGUGAUUGACAAACUGUGGAACAUGCAGGAAAAAUUGAUGACUGUUCUUACACGGCUUAUUGGAAGUGGAGGCUACGCCUUCGAUGCCUUUUGCUCUUCUUAUGGGUUAGAAGGUACACUAGGUGAAAUGAGCAGUAGAUUAGCAAGCUUAAACCUGUUAUCGGAAUCCCCUUCAAAUGUGUGUGUUGAUAGAAACAUGACCUUCGACCUGACUUUUACGAUGCUAACAAGAAUAGUCUACAAAUACAGCAAUCUUACUCUUGAUGAAUUGGUAACAGAUCCGAGGGGUGGCCCGGACAAUACAGCGUGUGCUUUCUACCAAUGGUCAUCUCGAUACGUGAAGCGAAUAUCUUCUAAUGGACAGGAAUCUUUUGAAAGGGACACCCCCCUUGUUCCGCCUGAACUGAAAGCCGCCUACAAAGAAAGAGUUCUUCGACUGAAAGAGCGCCAGCUGUUCUGGGAUCCUGUAGUGUGCAAUUACGGGAAGCUGUUACAUGAAAUGCCGAUUGUUGGAGAAGUUAUCCUGGAUUUCUUCAAAGACAGAAAACAUAUUGAGGAAGAUGUCUCACGCAUCUUCGCUGCAUUCCGCAAAGCCAAUUGCCUGCUUGUUUGCAUAAUUCAAUGGUUGGAAUGUCAGGUCCCAGAUAAGGAGAUGUUGAAGAAAGCAUGGUUAUAUGCGCAGAGGCAAAACUGGGCAGGUCCCAAUGUCUUACAUCUCAUUGAUCACUGCAACAGAGCAGGAGCGCACAAGUCGUGGUUUGAGUUAAUGGUUGACUUUAUGAUGGACAAAAAAGGUCAAGUACAGUUUGAGGUGCCUUAUGUGAUCCCUUUGGUCAAACUGCUCACUCAGGUGAUGCUUAUGUCCGUAUGGAUUAUUGAUAGGGAAUAUAAGAGAGUCAAUAAUUGGAGAAAUAGCGAGCCAAAGCAAAAAAGAGCUAGGAUGUCUGGGGAAGCUCAAAUUCAUCCGUCCAUACGAAUAUUGCAAGAAACAGUGGAAGUUGCAAUCAACAAAUUUGUUAAGGAAUCUAGUCAAGGGUCGCUCCAUCAACCCAUCAGUUCCGUAUGCCAUAUAGUUCGAAUGAUUGCUAGCGCUCCUGAAAGUGAAGCAAAACAACUGCUCCUCCCAUAUCUCAAACACUUGUUGGUCAGUAUCGCAGCUACAUUCAGACUUUGCGUCGGUACGUUGCCGGCAGCUGACAUUCAUUGGGCAUGUACGAGCUGUCACAAUCAUGCUGUCGCUGUCGUGGAUGUGUAG